UUUGUGUGUUUGAUCUCAAACUUUGAAUUCCGCCUCUCCAUGUUUUGAAUACAUCACAUCUCUCUCUCCUCUUUAUUUUCAUCAUCAUCGUCACUUGGAUCUGCUGAGCUGUUACUGUGAGUCUUUGUUGCCUCGUGCCUACGUUCCCUGUAUUCUUGGAUUUGAUUCAUCCCCUGCUUCUUAAGGCUAUGUGGGCAUUGUGCGAAAAGCUUACUAGAGAUAUGUAAAAGACACAACAAAAGAAACUGGCUUUGGGGUAUAUUGUACUGUUGCUUCUCUUGCUAAGUAUGAAGCCUGAGAUGAAAGCCCCCAAUGUUACAGAAGGAGUGAAACAUGGGAGGACGUGUGGCCCUACAAGACGAUCCACCAAAGGACAAUGGACGCCCGAAGAGGACGAAGUCUUGUGCAAAGCUGUCGAGCGUUUUCAAGGAAAGAACUGGAAGAAGAUAGCUGAAUGUGUUAAGGACCGGACUGAUGUCCAGUGUCUUCACAGAUGGCAAAAGGUAUUGAACCCAGAGCUUGUGAAAGGGCCUUGGUCCAAAGAGGAGGAUAACACAAUAAUUGCUCUGGUAGAAAAAUAUGGUCCAACGAAAUGGUCUACUAUUUCUCAGCAUUUACCUGGACGCAUAGGAAAGCAAUGUAGGGAAAGGUGGCAUAACCAUCUUAACCCUGGCAUUAAUAAAAAUGCAUGGACCCAAGAAGAGGAACUUACUCUUAUUCGUGCACAUCAAAUUUAUGGGAAUAAAUGGGCAGAGCUAAUGAAGUUUUUGCCAGGAAGGUCAGACAAUGCAAUAAAAAACCACUGGAACAGUGCAGUUAAGAAGAAGUUGGAUUCCUACUACGCAUCAGGUCUUUUAGAUCAGUCUCAAAGCUCGCCACUCAUUGCCCUUCAGAAUAGAUCCAUCGCUUCAUCUUCCUCGUUGAUGCACAGCAGUGGAGAUGAAAGUAAUUUCAGGCAAGGGGCUGAUGCUGAAGAAUCAGAAUGCAGCCAAGCUUCAACCGUUUUCAGCUGCUCACAGUCGAACAAUGAUUUGCUAGACGAGGUUAAACCUCCAAAUGAAGAAGAGUUCUACAUUCCUGAAUUGCUUUCAGGAUUGGAGCAGCAAGUCUCAAACUCUCCAUCUCAUGCAGAAUCUUACUGCCCUUCAUUUGAAGAUGUUAAAAUUGUUGUCCCAGAGGUUAGAACCACCACAGCUACAGAGAAUCACUUGCAGGGCGUGUCUAAUAACGUUAGACAGGAUCUCGAUCUAGACUGUCCUCAGUUAUUGACCAAUAACAUGGACGGAGAUGAAAAUAAUGAAGCAUGCCAAGCUAUUCAAGAUUCUGUCAGAUUAAGUUAUCAACCUUCUUUGCCAAACUUGGACACAAGUCUUCAUCCACAACCUCAAACUUUGACUACGGACGUGGAGUGCUGUAGGGUUCUUUUCCCAUAUGCCAUGAAAGAUAAUGGUACAUCUUCUGUUGAGCAAGGUCAGAACAUGGUUGACCCUCCAAAGGGCAAAGGAGAAGAAACACAUGCUCAUGAAACUGGAAACAUUCCAGCUUUAUCUUGGCAUCAAUCAAAUUCUGAGAGCCUGGAGGGUCAUAAUGGUGUUACUUUAUUAUAUUCAGCUGUGGAGGACUCAGUUUUACUCCAUAAUGAUUCUACUCAAGGUUGUCACCUCCUUGGAGCUACUGCACUAGAACGUGAAACUGAUACAAAUGAUGGACAUCUAGCUUCCCAUGGCAAUGAUGAUAAUGAUGGCAUCCCAGAAUCAUAUAUUACCAAUGAUUCUUUGAAGCUAGUACCUCUGAAUAACUUUGCUUCUCCUUCUAGAGUGAACAAGAUUCAUUUCCCUAUUGACGAGAAGCAAGCUGAGAAGGACAAAGGAUCUCUUUGUUAUGAGCCUCCACGGUUUCCAAGUGCAGAUAUUCCUUUCUUCAGCUGUGAUCUUGUACCAUCAAAUAGUGACUUAAGGCAAGAGUACAGUCCCUUUGGUAUCCGCCAGUUGAUGAAUUGUACAACUCCGUUAAGGCUAUGGGAUUCACCGUGUCGUCAUGAUAAGAGCCCUGAUGUCAAAAGUUUCAGUGGUGCACCAUCCAUCUUAAGGAAGCGGCGUGGGGACUUGCUGCUGUCACCUAUGCUUGAUAGGAGAAAAGAAAAAAUGGUGAAAAGUGCUAAGGCUUCCUCCUUGGCUUUAGAUUUUUCAAGAUUAGAUGAUUGCAAUAAAAAUAAACGUGCCUCCUCUUCCGAAGCCAAAGAGGAUCCAAAGGAAACCUUGGAGUCAGGAGGAGUGUCUUCAGCUAAAAUUGACCAAGAAACUCGUAGGAGUUUGGUUUAUUAUAAUGAUGUUGGAAUGCAAGUGAGCUCUCCUGAUAAAGCUGGAUCUAGACUGGAUAACAAAGUGAAUACAGUGGCGAAAGAUCCAUCGGACCAACACGAAAGGUCAUUAGCUAAUAUUCCAACUGGAGAAAUCUCGUCAGAACCUCCAUUCACAGCAGACGAGAUUCCUUUAUCAGUAAUCUCAGGAAUUAAAACCAACACUGCAGAGAGUAGUGUUGAUAUUGAAAGCUUUAGCAUAUUUGAUGGAACUCCGUUCAAAAAACUCCUUGAUACCCCAUCACCAUGGAAGUCAGCACCAUGGAAAUCACCUUUACUCUUUGGUUCUUUCUUGCAAAGCCAAAAUUUGGAUCCAGAUAUUACACUUGAGGAUAUUGGAUGCUUUAUGAGUCCUGGAGAGAGAAGUUAUGAUGCCAUAGGACUGAUGAAACACUUGAGUGAACACACAGCUACGGCAUAUGCAGAUGCUUUGGAAGUCUUGGGUAAUGACACACCUGAAACAAUACUCAAGAAGAGACGGCUGAACAAAUCUAUUCAAGGGAAAGAAAAUCAGCACUGGCCUCAGGAUCAACUGGAAAACCGAUCCCAGGUGGAGGGUCGUGCCUUGGACUUCAGUAACUGUGGGACACCGGGGAAAGCAAAGGUAUCAUCUGCUUCUCCAGGCAGCUACUCGAGCCCAUCAUCUUACCUUUUGAAGAGUUGCAGAUCUUUCAACUCUGGACAUAAAACAAUUGAUUAAAUGGCGAAAAAAGUUACUUGUUAUCUCAAGAAAUCAACUUAUAAAUUUCCAUGAAUAUGUUUUGA